UUCUACCCGAACAAAUAGCCUAAAAGAUAAUGGCUCUUACAACGCUUGAUGGUGUCGCUCUUGUGACAGGCGCAGGAUCUGGGAUUGGGCGCCAGCUUUGCCUUGCCUAUGCCCAGGCAGGAUGCAGGGCGAUUGCACUGGCUGAUAUCAAUAUCGAGGGUGUGAACGAAACUAUUUCCUUGAUACAGGCCCAAGGAUAUCCGGUGGAGACCCUGGCAUUAGAAACGGAUGUCACAUUGGUGACAUCUGUACAGAGCAUGGUUUCGGAGACGGUGAAAUCCUUUGGACGCAUAGACUACGGGAAUGCAGCUGCGAAUGUCGCCGGCAUCACAACGACUGCCAGAGUGCCCACGGCCCAGUAUCCGCACCAAGAGUAUAACAAGCUUCUGGAGAUCAACACAAAGGGUACUAUGAUUUGUAUGCAGGAGCAGAUCAAAGCCAUGCAAAAACAAAGUCCAACCUGCACUCCGGGAAUCGACAAUCCACUGCGAGCACAGAGAGGAAGCAUCGUCAAUAUUGCCUCAGUCACCGGAUUCGCAGCUUUGCAAAAUAUGAUGCCAUACAAUGUAUCAAAGCAUGCCGUCAUAGGACUCACGAAAUCGGCGGCGGUUGAUCAUGCCCCAUCGGACAUUCGUAUCAACUCAGUGUGUCCAGGCAUGACUGAGACGCCCAUGGUUGCAUCUGGGAAAGUGUCGGUCUCUCCACCAACCACACGUCGAGGCUGGGCAGUGGAGGGGAAUGGACGGCACAGACUUGCUAUCCCUGAGGAAAUUGCUGAUGUUUGUAUUUUCUUGAGCGGGUGCGGGGCUAGCUAUAUGUCAGGAUCGCCUGUUACCGUUGACGCCGGACAUUUGGCAGCAUUACGGUAUGACGGUAAAUUGUCCCACAACCUGUGA